CAGACUCGUCAAAUAUGUCGAAAACAAAAGACGCGAACACAAACGGCUCCCAACGUCUUCUGGAUGACGAUUUCAAGGCGGUGGUGGAAGUGACGAUGGAAAGAUGGAAGAUUCCCGGAAUGGCUAUUGCAGUAGUCGAUGGGGGCAACACCUGGGCCGAAGGAUAUGGCUAUGCUCAGCUUCCCGAUACCCCGGUCACCCCAGACACGUUGUUUUACGCCGGAAGCACGACCAAGGCAUUCACUGCAGCCACUCUGGCAAUGCUGGUAGAAGAUGACGAAAGCUAUCCUCAGGUGCAAUGGGGUACCCCUGUGAAUCAGUUGAUCCGCGAUGAUUUCGUUCUGAGUAACGAGUGGGACACCGAUAACAUCACCGUUGAGGACAUCCUCUCCCAUCGGACGGGCAUGCCUCGCCAUGAAUUCGCGUACGGGGGAGAUUACGACGGACACCCGGCGACACUGCAGGAUAUCGUGAGGAGCUUGCGCUACCUACCACGCAGCGCGCCGCCCCGGACUACCUUUCAGUACUGUAAUGUGAUGUUCAUCGUCGCGUCGCACCUCAUCGAGUCUCUCACCGGUGAUUGGCUGGGCAACGUCUUCCGUCAGAGGAUUUGGGACCCUCUUGGGAUGAACAUGAGCUUUCUUUCUCUGCAGGACGCACAGGACUCCGGGGCCGAGCUUGCACAGGGUUACUGCUAUAACGACGAUGCGGACAAUCCCGGGUUUCAGAAGGUGCCGUGGAAGAAUAAGCCGGAGGUAUCCGGCGCUGGAGCUAUUAUCAGCAAUGUCAAUGAUUACGCCAAAUGGGCCGCUACAUCGCUCCGGCAGAACUCGCGCUUUUACUCCCCGGCUGGGUACUCGAGCAUCUUCACCCCAAGGACGCUGGUGCCGUAUCAGAAGCCCUGGUCUAAGCCCUCGGCCUACGCACUGGCUUGGUACACCGACGUCUACAAUGGGGUGGAAAUUGUGUGGCACGACGGCGGAAUCGACGGGUUCGGGGCGGAGAUUGCCCUGAUCCCGUCGCUGGACUUUGCCGUUAUCACGAUGGCCAACACUACCUAUUCCUCUAAUUAUGCAGGGACCGCGUUGGUGUACCACCUGAUCGAUAAUAAACUGGGUCUCCCAUCGACGAAGAGAUUCGACUGGAAUGCAUACUACGAAGAUCUGGAAGCCCAGAUGGAGGCUGCUCUCGAUAACGCCUUGGAAACAUUCUACCCUUCUAUCCCAUCACCCGCUCGGCCCCCGUCCCUCCCUCUGGCCCUCUACAUAGGACACUAUUGCCAUCCCGCGUACCGCCGAUUAUCGAUUCUCUGGGACGAGGAGAAGGGUGUCCUCCAUGCAAGCCGCCCGGACUCCACCACCCCGUGCACGCUAACGUUCUCGCCGGUCAGCGGGGACUUUUUCCUCGUGACCGUGCAGAUCGUCGGCGCGAAAACCGUGCUCCCCGCGGAAUUCCGCCUAGGACCGGACGGCACGCCGUCUAUGGUUGGCAUCGCGUGGGAACCGACUCUGGGCGACGAGAAGAUCUGGAUGGUAAAGGAGGACGAACGGGGCAGUCGGAGGAAGAAAUACUUGGCAGGGAUGCCUCGUGGCGUGAUUGACCCCCUUCAUCCCAUCGACUUCUGAGUUGAACGGGUCAGGCUGUGUCUUUCUGGGCUGGAGGGCUUGUCGAGAAGUGGGUGUGCGGGUGAUGGUCAACUACGUAUGUAACUACAUGUACUUGAUUUCUAGGAUGACCAGCCCGGUUCGCUUAGAAAGCUCUCCGCGCGCAUUCGUUAGUUGUUUUAGCUCCUGUCUCGCGGCCAGGAGGCGACGGCCGCCUUGGGCUCAUAUUCAUUCCUAGUUCAAUAACCUGCAG